ACGAAACUAUUUUCAGACGUGCGAUUUGAGGGAAGUUUAAAAGUUGUUAUAAAUAAAAAAAACUUAAUAAAUAUUUACAAUCAAAAAUAUAGUUAAUACAUACCUAAAGUACAUUAUAUUUGAGGGGCUAAAACCGCAAAACUAAAUUUGUUAAGUUUGUAUCCAUGGCAUCAGAAAGCAAAACUUUGACACAAUUAUCAGUAUUGUUAACUAAUGAAGAAGUAAAUAAUGCACUAAGAAAAUGGUUUAGGGAACCCACGGAGUUUACUCAUUGGGAGCAUGUCGGAGAAAUGGGAAAAGGUGAUUCAUAUCUAAGUGAUGUAUUUAGGAUCAAAAUACAUGGAAAUUCAGAUGGCAACUCAAGACAUGUACAACUUAUUGUUAAGACAAUCCCAAAAAAUAUAUGCAGACGUCUUACAUUCCGUUCCCAUGACUUCUUCAGAAAUGAAAUCAAUUUUUACCUAAAUGUAUUACCAGUUUUACUAAAAUUCCAGUCUGAUAAACAAGUGACUGAACCGUAUGAAAAUUACACAAAUAUAUUUCUAGCUCUCACAGAUGGAAUACAUGAUGUUAUCUGUUUAGAAGAUGUAUCUUUGCAGAAUUAUGGCAACCCAAUACGACAAGAAGGCAUUGAUUAUGAGCAUUUCCAAUUAACAGUUAAAGUGCUUGCUAAAUUCCAUGCAUUGUCUUUUGCCAUGCAUGAUCAAAAACCUGAAGAAUAUGCCAAAAUGAGUAAUGUAUUAACUGAGGUAUAUUAUGAUCCUAAAUAUUGGGUUUGGUAUGAAAAAUUCUGGAAACGUCUUUGCAUUACAGCUAUAGAUGCAGUUGAGAGGGAAUAUCCAAACACUGUUUAUGUUGACAAAGUUAAAGAAUUUGCUAUACCAAAGCGAUAUCAAGAUAUGAUUAAAGCGGUACAAGACAAAACAAAUAGUGUCAUAUCACACGGUGACUGCUGGACAGUUAAUUUCUUGUAUAAAUAUGAAAAUAAGCAACCGGUUGAUGCAAAAAUGAUAGAUUUUCAACUAACAAGGUGUGCUAGCCCAGUUUUGGACCUAUCAUUUGCUAUAUACGCCUGUACUGACCAAAAUUUAAGGGCAACACACUAUGAUGCCUUAUUAAAAGAAUAUUAUGAAGUAUUAUCAAGACAAAUAAGUGAAAUGGGAAGUGAUCCAAAUAAAGUCUAUCCUUGGAGCAAGUUUAUGGAAGAAGUAAAGAAGUAUUCAUAUUUUGGACUGGCGUUUAGUUUUGAGUCCACACCAUUUAUAAUUCUGGAACCCGAAGAUGCUUUCAAAAUGGAUGUUGUCAUGGGUGAUCAGAAAAGGAACAUUGAAGAAUUUUGGCCUGUUACUCCAAUUAAGACAAAGGCCGGUAGACUGAGAGAAGCUAACAACAUUGUCCACUGCGUUGAUAGAGGUUUUAUAUAAUUGAUAUAAUCCUAAAGGUUUCACUUACGUACUACUUAUGAUGCAUUAUAAAAUAUUAGUAUAGGUCCAAUGCAUUUUAGGAAAAUAAUUAUAAACUGAAACUGAACCAUAAUAAUAUUUCAAUUAUGACAACACUAUGUAUGCUUGUGUUUUUGAUAAAUUUAACUAUAACAAAAACAAGUAGUUCCUGUGAUAAAUUAUAAAUUUUUAAUGUCUCCAACAUUCAAAGUAAAGGUUAAAACAUAAAUUAAGGUAUAUUUAUGAAUUAGGUUUUUUUAAGAAAUGAAAAUGACAAUUAGUAUUUUUACCAUAGCAUAUAAAUUCACUAGAAUGAGAUUGACAUUGUGAUUAUCGACACUAAGUGUAAUAAGAAAUCUUAGCCAUUUGUUGUUAAGGUCUUUUUUAAAUAUUUUAUCGUUUUUAUAUUAGUUAUUUAGAAAUAGUAUAGAAAAAUAUUCAAUAGGAAUUAAAAUGAACUUUUCUUGACAGUAUAUACCCUUAAUAAAUAUUACCCAUUAUAUAAAAUUUAUAUAUGUUUUUUGUUAUUAGUAAAUAAAAUAUACUUUACGUAUUAUAUAAUUUUAUAUACGAAUAAGAAAUCUUUCAGAGACUGAUACUUGGAGAAUACUAAAACUUGUCCUACAAUUAACAAAUCACCCUUAUGUACAUGAUGGCUUUUUAUAUAUUGCUCUAUCUCUCUCUCUCUCUCAUCUUUAGGCUCGUACGGUAACAGACGAGAUUUAGCACUUAUAGCAUACGGAGGUUUCUACUCAAAAUCUUUUUGUCUAAACCACCCAAUCUCAAGUCAAAUUAACCAUUAUUUAAUUUUAAAAAUUAUGUAUCGCAAGAUUUAUGUAUUUUCUCCUGAAAUAAAGAAAGAUUGUUAUUAUUUUACUCAAUCAAAAUCACUACAAGCUGUUUACUAAUAAAGAAAGACCUUUUAUGUG